GGAUGAGGCGAAGUGCGGAAGUUAUUCACAUGAUAAUCACACAUGCCAGGAAGGCCAGAAUCAAAAAACAAAGUAAUCACCAUCUUGGAUUAUGCAGAUUCAAGAUUUAAUGAAAUGUAGAUACGGUGUCUGACCAUGGAUCAGCGUUGGGCUCAGGAUGUGUUACGGUGUCAUAUCUGCGAUACCCCGGGUCCUCUUAUGUACUGUGACAUUUGUCACAAACAUCUGUGUAAAGCCUGUGUUGGGGAGCAUCUCUCUGAUCAAUCCAAAGAACACAAAGUACUGCCAUUUGAAAAGAGAGGAUCUACUCCUAAAUGUCCAAAACAUUCCUCAAACAUAAGCGUUCUUUACUGUAAACACUGUGACAUUCAUCUUUGUGUAACAUGUGCAUCUUCUGGAAAACACCAAGGCCAUAACUUGAUUGAAAUAAUGAAAAACAUUGACAGCAAAAAAGACGCCAUCCACGAGGAUUUACAAGAAUUAGAAAAAAUUAUAUUUCCUCAAUAUCAAGAAAUUGCAUCCAUUUACAUAUCUCAGAAAUCAGAUCUAACUGAAAACUCACAGAAAUUGACAGCAGCUAUGGACAAACAAGGAGAGGAGCUGCACAGAGAAAUAGACAUUUUGAUACAGAAACUGAAAUCUGAUCUUAGUGAAAUGGAUUCCAAACAGCUGGCCCUCAUAAUAAAACAGGAAGAUGAAAUUGCACUCACUAUUUCUGAAAUUACACAGUGCAUUGCUCAUCUGAAGACGUUACUGGAUUCCAGUGAUGUCAACCGUGUCUCUGUCUACAAAUCCAGGAAUGCUAAAUUCAGAAGACUGCCUCCAAAAUUGUCAAUUUUUUUCCCUCAUUUUACCCCUCAGAAAAUCAACAAAGAACAGCUUCAUCAACAGCUUGGUUCUUUGUCAGCGUUAUCUACCAACACAGAAGAACAUGGCUGCAUCAUAGAUUCUCCAGAUGUUGAGUUUACCUCAGUAGAGGGACCGCUCAUUAAUGUACCACCGAUCAUCACAGAUAUAAACACUGAGUAUGGAGAAUUUAAACUUCGCAAUGUGUCCUGCCUGGAUGACGAACAGAUAUGGACGUGUGGUGAUGACAAAAUUAUGAGACUCUACAACCUUCAAGGUGAAUUAGUGCAGACAAUCAAAACCAAGUCAGGGAACAAUCCAUGGGCCAUGGCAGUGACAAGGAGUGGGGAUCUAGUUUAUGCCGAUUACUAUGACAAAACAGUGAACAUUGUGAAGAAGAAAAAGAUAAUGCCAUUAAUCAGACUCAAGGGAUGGAGACCUCUCGGUGUCUGUAGUACCGCCUCUGAUGACCUCUUAGUUGUCAUGGUCAGUAAUGAUAAUAAACAUUCAAAAGUUGUGCGUUACUCUGGCUCCACAGAAAAACAAAGUAUUCAGUACAAUGAUAAAGGACGACAUCUUUAUUCGUGUGGUGGACUAUUGAACACUAAAUACAUCAGCGAGAACAGGAACCUUGAUAUCUGUGUGUCUGACUUUUACGCCCGGGCAAUAGUGGUAGUCAAUCAGACCGGAAAAUUCCGGUUUACUUACAUUGGUCUUCCCUCAACUACCAAGGGAUUAUUUAGUCCACGCGGAAUCACUACAGACAGCUAUAGUCGGAUUCUGGCAGCAGACAGUAGCUAUGAUAACGAAUGUAUCCACAUUCUGGAUGAAAACGGACAUUUCCUCCGAUAUAUCCACAACUGUCAGUUGCAUACUCCAUGGGGAUUAUGUGUGGAUACAAAAGACAAUCUCUUUAUGGCUGAGUGCUACACGGGUAAAGUGAAGAAAUUGCAAUAUUACAUGUAAACAAAUUGUGUUCAUAAUAUUUCAAAUAUGUGUUUAUUUAUUUACAAAUAAUGUUAAUAGAAACAUUUCUUUGUACAUAUUAGACAACGACAUUUCAUAAGUCUCCAACUGUUCGCUACAAUGCAUAUCAUUUCAGUAAAGUUCUCAAGUGACAAAAGUGAUAAUGUAUGUGAAUGGAUUAUAUUUCUUUAAUAAUAUGUUAGCGUGUAAACAACUUAUUUUACAUCUUAAGGUAUCUGAGAACAAACUUGAAACGUAUGUACAUGUACGACGUAACUGCCUGUAUCUUCAUAUGAAUUUGAUCUGUGUUAUGCAAUGUAUGUAAACUAACAUGUAUCUAUUGUUUGUUAAUAAAAACGUUGUC